AUGAAAUUGCGGCCCUCAGCCCAGGAUUCUGGGUCUCAUCCAGAUAUCUGUUUCUCAGUGAUCAAGUGGACUCCUCAGGGAACCCUCCUCAACCAGACCCAGGCCAGCACUGACCUAGGCCACCUGCUGAGGGACCACAUGGAGGGGAAGAAUGGCACCAACUCCACCAGGGCCUUGAAGCUUCCAGAUGGGACCAGCGCCGCCUGGUACAUUCUCACCAUCAUUGGCAUCUACGGAGUGGUUUUCCUCUUCCGGUUGGCCAGCAACAUCCUCAGGAAAAAUGACAAAUCAUUGGAAGAUAUUUACUAUUCAAAUUUGACCUCCGAACUCAAAACAAAAAAUCUCCAAAGAAAGGUGGCCAAAUGCUCUACGCUGCCCAUUAGCGACAGAGCCGUCCUGCAGUCCAACCAGGCCAGCCUGGAACCGAAAUUUAAAAACAGUGGAUGCCAAACUGAAAUCCAAGGGAUCCCCUGA